GUUUCGACCGCCCACACUCGCUAACGGGCGGGCAGAAAGCAAAGCUAAGCAUUGGAAUGCACGCCCUUGGCUACAGCGCCUGUCAAGUCAAAGAUCAUCGACAUAUUCUCUCACAUGACGCAUGCCCAGUCCAAAUCCAUGACUUUAAAAGGCAACAUGUCGCGUGCGCCGUUAUCGCAAUACUACUCCCUCCAGCCUCAAAUCCACAAUGCCACAAAACGAAAGCAUUGCUCUGCGUGAGUCGCUGCCGUCGGACGGCGGUGAGCCAGGCACCCAAGACUUCGAUGUCGACACACCAGACUUUGAUCCUGGAAGUUCGAGACAGUGGGCAUCAAGUAGGCAAAAGGCCUGUGUUCUCGUGGGCUCCGCGAUCCUGCAGCUGCCAAUAUGGGGGUUUGCCAUAAACUACGGCGUCUUCCAGGAAUACUAUUCGGGCAACUGGACGCUUAAAGGGAGCCGUGAAACCACCGGCAUCAUCGGCACAACCUCCAACGGCGUCAUGUACCUCUCGAUGCCGUUCCUGUUCGCACUCUUCACGAGACGAUGGGCCCGUCGACGGCAGCUCGCGGCGCUGUGCGGCGCGGCACUCACCUGCAUCUCCUUCCUCUUGUCCUCGUUCAGCACUGAUGUCUGGCACCUGGUUGCGACACAGGGAGUCACGGCAGCGUUGGGAUGUGCGCUCAUCUACAGCCCGACCACGCUGUCCCUCGGGGAGUGGUUCAACACGGGCAACCGGGCUGUCGCAUACGGAGUGGUCUUGUCCUGCAAGAACAUUGUGGGAUCGGUCUGUCCCUUCGUGCUGCGCGCCCUGCUGGACCGGUACGGCUUUCGCGCGACGCUGAGGAUCUGGACGGCCGUCGCGGCGGGGACCAGCGUCCUGGCCGUCUUCAUGAUCCCGACGCCGCCGUCCACCACCACCGCCGUGGCCUCGUCUUCGAGCGCGCACCACUCCCCCAGGAUCCCGUGGCACUUCCUCCGCCACCGCACCUUCUACAUCUACAGCGUGGCCACCAUCCUGCAGAGCUCCGGGUACGGCAUCCCGCAGACGUACCUGAGCGCGUACGCGCACGAGGUCGCGCUGCUGUCGCAGACCUCGGCGACGCUGCUGCUGACGCUCUUCAACCUGCCCGGCAUCGUCUCCUCGUCCUUCUUCGGCUACCUGAGCGACAACCAGUGCUUCCCGCUCUCGGCCACCACCGUGACGGCCAUCUCGGCCGUGAGCUCGGCCCUCUCCGCCUUCCUGCUCUGGGGCCUGACCUCGCAGGGCGCCAUGGCCCUGCUGGUCCUCUUCUCCAUGACCUUUGGCUUCUUCGCCGGCGGCUACAGCGCCACGUGGGGCGGCGUCAUCAACGAGCUGGAGCGCGAGACCGCGCAGCGCAACGAGGCCGUCGACUCGGGCAUGCUGUACGGCCUCCUAAAUGGCGCGCGCGGCAUCGGCUACGUGAGCGGCGGCCUGGCGGGCGUGUCUCUCCUCCAGGCCGGGAGCAAGAUCGCCGCCUCGGUGCACGGGCCUGGCUACGAGACCUCGUACGGCCCUCUCAUCAUCUUCACGGGCCUGUCGACGGUGUUUGGCGGCUGGGGGAUCCUGUGGAAGAUGCCGAAGCUGUUGCGUUUGGCGCGAUGAAACGGGUUGAUUGGCGUCAUAUUAUCGUUGUGUCCUAUGGUUCGAUUUUCUGUUACGAUCUCAUCCUAGUGAUAGGUAACAAGAUGGGGAAUCCGGGAUUUAGCAGGCGUGGAACAGGUUUUGUUUUCAACUAAGAAUCUCCCCAGUGUCGAGUCCAUACAUAGAUGACACGGAUUUGGCCACAACCAUCUUUGUGAUUAGAGAAAAAG